AUGUCAAAUGUCAUCUCUGUCAACCCAGCCAACCUGGCCACAUCAACCAUUGAUAGCACAGUCAAUUACAUCAUCACCCAGGUUUUUAUUGUGCAUGACAUUUUCACCAAGCUCAAAGAAAUCCAUAUGCUUCACAAGGAGAAUGGACAACUGGAGAUAUAUUGCCAGUGCAAGCCAACCAUGAGCAAGCCCAUCAAGAUGGACACCCUUGCAGCUCAGAAGUGUCACCUUGAGUUUGAGAUCAAGAGGGUGCACAAUGCCUGCACACAGUAUGAGCCCACCACUGACCAGUCCUGGAACUUGCUGGAAAAGGCUUGUCAAGAGGUGCCCCAGGACACCGCAGGUGUGACCCACAUCACUUGCACUGAAGUGGUCAUGCUGCAGUAUUUGCUCAAUGCCAUUGCCUGCAAGAUGGAUCAUCUUCAGCAACGGCUCAGCGAGGCAUCCAAGAUGGAUCUCAAUCAUGAACUUGUGGCUCUCAACUGGCACAAUGUGGAGCUGUGA